UACCUUGACUUUUUCUCGGCCCGCCAGCCUGGCGGCUUUAGCGAGUCAUCAUGUUGGGCGAUGACUUGAUGGAGACCACGUCCCUGCAAGAUGCAGUGGAGAAGAUGAUGUCGGACGUGGCCUCCACCAGCAACGCCGGCCUUGAUGCUCUUCGGGAGUGGCUCCAGGACCAGCGGAACUUGGACAAGGCGGACAGCGACCCCAAAGUUUGGCCUGCAGUGCUAAAGGUGCUGGUGGCACACAGCCAGCGCCAGGUUCAGAGCCUCACGAAAGCAGGCGGUCGCAAGGUCUCCUUCCGCGUGGACGGCCCCGCCACGCUGCUGGCAGCGGUGAAGGCGGCGCGGCGCAAGCGGCGCGUGAGCCUGGCAAAGGUGGCCAUGCGCGUUUGGAUUCACAUCGAGGAAGUUUUGCGCAAUGAAGUCAUGGUCAACCGCCAGACGGAGUCGCUGUUUUACUAUUGUAAGGCGGCCCAGGAGCUGUCGGAGGCGGCGGAUCAGGGCGCGCUGUUGGAGCUGAGGCCCAAGCGAGUGCUGAAGCCCUUGCUGGAGGUCCAGGGCAGCCAGCGCACCAAAGGCGCCGCGCUGGACGCGGCCGCCAACUUGUGCCGCCACGCAGAGGGGGACAUCGCCGCAGAGGUGGCAAUGCUUUGCGAGCGGUCUUUGGCCAUGUUCAGCUGCGGGCAACCUGCAGCGAGCUGUUUGGCGGCCUGCGCCCUCAGGGCGCCCUUUGCCUUUCGAGACUGGCUCUUGACCGGCGACAACACCAACACGCUGGUGGGCGCCUUGACCAGUGCCUGGCCGGCCUUGCGACAGUGCAUCGACCAGCUGGACCUGGUGCUGCGCCUGGUGCUGUCCUUGCUGCCCUCGCCGCCCAAAGCCGCCCAGCUUGUGCCGCUUUGCGCAGACACCCUGGAAGCGGAGGUGCGCUCGGACUCGAGCUCUCUGUGCUUCGCCGCGGACAGCGGGGAGCGCUUCGCGAACGCGCGGCGCACGGCGCGGCUGGCGGAUCUCAUGGCGAGUUUGCUGUGGAGCUCCGCCGCGGCCGCGGAGGUGGCCAGGGAGGUGUGCGGCCAGCUGGACCGGCGCUGCCUGCCCUGGGCCCUGUGCUUGGUGCGACUCUGCGAGCGGCAGCCUGAGCUGGCGGCGGAUUCGGCUCUUCUGGCGCAGCUCUGUGGUGCAGUGCUGCGGCAGCUGCAGAAGGGCGUACGCCUAGAGAUGGAGCUUCCGGCGCUGCAGGGGGCGCUCCUUGCGCUGCUGGAGGCUUGGGCGUGGCACCGGCUGGGCUGGCACUCAGGCGACGACGCUCUGCCGCUGUGGUGCAGCCAGCUGACGGAGGCCCGGUGCUCGAUUACCAGCAGUGGCAUCGUGGAGCUGCUGCCGGCGCUGGACGUGAAAGAGGCACCGGAGUUGGCGGCACAGCUGCACGCCAUCUCAGACUACGUGAAGCAAGCCCUUGCCAGCAACCAGACCUCCGCCAACUUCUGGCCGCUGCUGUCGGUGGUCUUCCUGCUGGCGCCGGACAGAGUGAGAGACCUCCAGGAGGAGCUGCUGACACGGAACCGCUUCUCUUCAGCGAGCCUUUUUGGGCAGCACCUGACAGUGGAUGUCCAGAAGCGUUUGCUGGAGGGCCUGCUGAACGAGCCCCUGGAGCAGCAGCUCAGCUUCCUCUGGCUCAGCUCGGGCCCGCGCAGCGACGCUCAGGACCGCCGAGACACGGCGGAGGAGUGGCCCGUGGAGUUUGACGACUUCUUCCUUUCGGUGCCCCGGCGCGAAACUGUCCCGUCCCACUGCGCCGCCUGGGCCGCGCGCAAGCGCCGCAGCGCCUGCGCGUGCCUCGAGACGGAGCUGCAGCGGCGCUUGGCUGCUGCGGCACUGAACGAGGAGGCCCGACCUAGCUUCAGUGCAUGCGGCUCUGGCCCCGAUAUGGACGAGGUGCUGCUUGAGCGCACGCUCCGCGCUUGUGCCUUGGUGCCGGCGGAGGUCCCGGUGAGAGGGCGCUCGCUUCAGCUGUCUGAGCGGCCAGAAGGAGCCGCGGCCUUCGCUGCGGCCUGGGGCAUUUUCGAGUCCAGGUACACGGAGUUCAAAAACACACUGAGCCCCACUCGCGAAGUAGACCUGGGCCAGUCCUUGCGCUGCGUACAGCCGCUGCUCCCAGCCUUUACCUUGGCCUUGUGGCUCCCUCAGUCCUCUGGGGGCCAGCAGCGCAUGCUCACCGAGUGCUUCAGACGCCUGCUGCAAUUCGCCAACACCGUGGCGAUUUGCUCGGCAGAAGCCCUCCGUGCUGCCAAGGGCCCCACGCCGGAGGCCUUUUUCUCCGCGUUCUGCGGCGUGGUUUGGCAGGUCGCAGGCGCAUUGACCUCGUCGGACUUCUCCUCCCUCGUCGCCACCUUGGCGGAUAACCUCACGAGCCGCGACGCCGUGGGAGCUGCCGCGGCGAAGCUUCAGCUGCUCAUCGCGCUGGCGGUGCAAGAUUGCCAGCAGCCGUUGCGGCAACACCUGCUGCAGCUGGCUAAGGAGGACGAGGCUGCGGCCUUGAGCGCCAUAAGGCUGGCGGCAGCAGAGCUGUGCUGGCACUUGGAGAAUCAGUCCACGCUUCGGCGCUGCGAUAUGCCCGGCCUGGCAGCCACCGUCAAUGUCUUGGGCGAGGUUUGGUGUGCCUGCCCGUCUCCGGUUUCAGCCCUGGACUGGGAGGCGUUUCUGGGCGCUGCCCAGCGGCUGCUGCGCUGCCGGCCUGAGCUCACCGCGCGGACUUGGCCCGCCAAUGCGCUGUCGCGACUGGAGGCUCAGACCCAGGCGCUGGGUGACAAGUGGUGGCCGAACGCCCGGACCAAGAUGGCCUUGGCCUCCGUCCUUACCCAGAGCCUCCGGCUCUUCAACAGCCUGGGGAUGACGGACCAGGUGCAGAUUGUGGCGAACUGCUGCAUGGGUGCCGUGCCCGACUUCAUCCUCAAGGACACCUCCUGCGAGGUGCAGCUGGAAGUGGCCAGCUCCUGCAUGCCGGUGCUCUUUGAGGCCUUUGACAACACCACGGUCUUCCAGGAGUUCAGCCCAAUGCUGGAGGCCUUGUCUUCUGAGUCCAUGGCGCCAGGUCUGCCGAGCUCGGCGCUGGUGGCUUUCCAAGUGGCCUUGGCCAUGGCCAAGAGCGGGCUUGCCCACCAGGUACUGCCCAGGGUGUGCACGGUGCCUUCCGGCCUGCGGCCCACGGCGCGGAGGGUGCUGAGCUUGCUGGAGGAGGAGCCUAGUGGGGGCCUCUCCCCACUGGCCUUGGCCUUCCGGGCCCCGAUCUUCCUUCGGGUGCUGCGCGCCCGGGGCCGCCUCACGCAGCUGCCUCUGAUGGACCUCGGCCUGAACCCAGAGAUGCCGUCCCUGCCAGGCCGAGGCCAGCGCUGGGGCCUCGGAAGACACCUCGCCGCGGCGGUAGUGGCCAUGGUCUUGGCGGAGGACUUCGGGCAAUUGGGUGACCUGGCGCCGUGCUGUGGCCUGGGCGCCGCCAGCGGGGAGUUCCUGGAGCUGGUGGCGGUGCCCUUGGCCGGCGCAUUGGUGCCGCUGCGGAAGUCUCUGCAGGUCUUACAGGAGAAGCUUGGCGACAAGGUGCUGCCCCUACUGCAGCGCAAGGCGAGCCACAUCUUUGCCUUCGCGCUGCAGCUGCCGCUGCUGACCUGCGGAGACGUUUGCCAGGUGGACGCGGAAGCGGUGGCCACGGCCUUCAGGGAGGUGGCGCCCCAGGUGGAGUGGGCGGACACGGGGAAGUUCGUGGCUAGCCACUUCCGGGAGCUGAUCUUCCUGCUGGACCCGGUGAUUCGCGCCUGGGCGCCGCACACGCCACAGGCGGCGGUGGAGGUGCUGCGGGCCUUCGGCGCCUGGGCGGGGCCUCUGAGCGCCAGCCGCCUGCGGCUGUGGGCGGCGCUGCUGCUGCAGCACUCGAAGGCCGUGAAGCCCAAGCAGCGCCAGGAGCUCGGGGCCUUAUUGAGCCGCGCCAUCACCACGGCUUCGCCGGGCGCCAUUGGGCGCCUGGCGCGGCAGAGGGACGAGACGGUGCGCCUCAUGCUGGCAGAGGUGGAGGCUGAGUGGGGCGUCAGUGGAGAAGGCGCAGAGCGCAGCACCGAGCGCAGCGUGUGCCUCACGGGCCUCGCGGCGCUGCUGAAGGCUUUGAAAGCCUCGGGCAAGGAGGAACCCUGGCUGCAGCUACAGCUUGAGGCCAUCAUGCCCAGGCUGGCGCCGCCGGCCCAGCAGCUCCUGGACGACGCCCUGGGCGCCUCCUCGGGCUCGGCGAGCGCCGAGCCGGCGGCCAAGCGCCUGCGCAAGGGCGCCAGCUCCAGGUUGGGAGCAGAAGUUGCCUUGAAGCAACUGGCGCCCCCGCCUCCAGCUUUAGCCUGGGGCCCGGCCCCGGCGCCGGACCUGGGCUGCAUCGUGCAGAGCUUGGCCUCCUCUGCCGGCUCGGCGCCGGAGGAUGUCAUGUACAGCACACUGCGCCUGGUGACGCAGGCGCAGCCCCUGCAACAGCUGCGCGGCAGCGCCUCUUUGGCGCGAAUGCUGGCUCUGGGCUUGGCAGCGCUGGGGCCGGUCGCAGCCGUGCAGGUGCAGUGUGAGGAGUUUUUGGACCCUUUGGAGGCGGCACUGCAAGGCGCCAAGGCCAACGCGGAGGAACUUCUGUACAGCGUGGUGCUGCUGGGGUGCACCCAGCUUCAGGCGCACCCCUACGCGUCGGUGCGCCAGCUGGCAGGGCAAGCUUUGCGCCAGCUCAUCCAGCAGCAGAAGCCUCUUUGCCAAGCCGCGCGGAAGCUGUUGCAACAGAUUCUGGACAAGCAGCACCUGUUUCUUGAGGACAUGGAUGACCUCCUUUCCUCUUCGCUUUGCACUUUGGCGCCCCGCACCAGUGCCCGAACUGGAUCGAAGAUCUCCUGGCAGUUUCUGCGGCAGGAGAAGGAUUUGUCCGUUUGGAUGAGCGGAUUGCUCUCCAAUUUGCAGGAGCUCGGCCCUUGCGUGGCCUUGGCGCAAAAGGCCCCGUGGUUCGCUCAGCAACUGCUGGGCCUCGGCCUGGUGAAGGCCGCGAAUGGCCAAAACCUCGCCAAGGACAUGAACCUCUUCUUCCAGCAGAGCGCGCCAGACCCAGCCCAGGCUCAGUGCUUGCUGCGCGCCCUGCACCUCAUCCGCAUGCACCAGACAACCUGCAAGAAGCGCGCGGUGCCACACUUCCCCUCAGACUCGGGGGACCAAUUCUGGUCAGCCCUCGACCUACGUGCUGCAGCGGAGUGCGCGGCCAAGUAUGACCCGCAGCACGCCUUUCUGCUGCUGGAGCUCCACUUGCAGCGAGCGCACCCAGAGGUGCCGCCCUGCCAAUCCCUGCAGACGGCGAAGGUGACGGGGGUCGAGGCCCUGUUCCAAGCGCCACAGCAGGAGGUGCGGCUGCUGCACGACUUGGCGCGGCAGCUGCCGGAGGACGAGCUCUUGUACGGCAACGCCCAGUGGUGUCACAGCAGCUCCCGCCUCGCGCGGGCGGAGUUGGAUCAGGACCACCUCCUGAGCAUCCAUCUCCGCAAUGAGCUGCUGGAGUCACUGCAGGGCAACGAGGCCCUGGCCGCGCGCCAGAAGCUGGACGACGCCUUGGCGAACCUGGGCUGGCACGCGCUCACUGCCGAGACCGCCGCCGGAAGCGGCGGGGAGGACGUCUGGGAGCGGCGCUGCGAGGCGCUGUGGCGCAUGAGGCAGUGGGGCCCAGUGGAGGGCAAGCACCAGGGCUUUCACGCCACGCUGCAUACGGCCUUGUCGGGGCUCUCCUCGGCAGUGGACGGCGUCAGCGCGAGCGCAAACGCAGCGAAUCAGGUGCUUAGCGAGGCCGCGAGCAAGGACAUGUCCCAGGCCGUUGGCGCCUUGGAGCGCCCGCUGCUGAAGUUGGUCUCUGCGGUCACCGGCAGCGCCGCCGGCAGCGGCGCUUCCGGCGCGGCGGCCGGGCUGACCAGCGCUGCCCUGCGACUGCAGAUGCUGGGCUCGGUCUUCCAGUGCUGCGAUGCCCUGGUGGCGGACGUGCAGAAGAUGUCUCAGGCCGCUUCCGCGAGCCGCGCGGUGGCGACUCUGGCAGCGAGUUGGCAGAAGGUGCCGAAGGAGGAUGCGGCGACGCACUUCCAAAAGAUCGAGCCCUUGCUUGCGCUGCAGUCCUCCAUCCUGGCCACCACACAGCAUGCUCUGCCGGAGCUCCGGUUUUUGACCUCUAUGGCGCAGGUGGCGCGCAGCCAGCAGCCCCACCGGGCCUUGACGCUGCUGGAGCGGGCGCUGCGGGCCAAGAAGAGCGCCAAGCCGCAGAGGCAGGACCUGCUGAAGCUGCACUGGGAACAGGCCUGCUGCCUGUGGGACCUCAAGCAGCCCCAGGAGGCCCUGAGCAUCGCCCAGGCCGUGGCCGCCGAGUGCCGCGGGGGCGCGGGCGCGGAGCGAGCGCCGGAUGCCUGGAAGGCGCAGGUUCUGAGCGUCACCGGGCGCUGGCUGGCCUUGUCGAGGCUCGAAGGCCCCGAGCUCAUCCAGAAGGAGUACUUCGAGCCGGCCAACGUGCUGGACGCGUCCACGGGCCGGGACUUCGCGGAGUUCCUGGAUCGAAGGCUCACAGAGGAGGUGCUGCGUCAGGGAUCCGCGCAGCAUCUUCACACCAAGGAGGCCCGGCGCAAGACGGAGGCGGCCCUGAAACGCGCCGGCUCGGAGGUGGAGCGGCUGCAGAAGAACGCAGGCGCAGAGCAGGAUAGCCGGUUCAGGACCCUGAGGGACGAGAAGAACAAGUUGGAGAAGCGCUCCAACGAGGACCGCAAGACCGCCCAGCAGGAAGCCGAGCGCAUCGAGGUCCUGGCAACGGGCUGCGUCAGACAACUGGGGCGGUGCCUCAUGGAGAGCGGCUCCAACCUGACACGGGUGGCCUGCCGCUUUCUGUCGCUCUGGUUCGAUCACAACGUGGAGGUCCCGGAGGUCACGAAGAUCGUGCGGGAGUCCAUCCCUAAGCUGCAGCUCCCACCGGUGAUGCCCUUUAUCUAUCAGCUGGCCUCGCGACUGGACACCGCCAAGGAGGCUCCGUUCCAGCAGGCCCUGGACGAGUUCCUGCUGCGCUUGGCGCAGAAGCUGGGGGCGGUGGCCAUGUGGCCGCUGAUCUCACUGCGGAACGGGGACCAGGUGCCUAAGGACAUGCAGGGCUCCGCCGGGCACGUGGCGGACCGGUCCAAGCUGAUGGCUGCCUCCCGGGUCAUCGAGAAGAUUCGGAAGCUCCCCAUGCGCUCAGUCCUGGAAGCAGUGGAGGUCCUGAACAAGUUCUACCUCGACAUCGCCCUCUUCAAGGUGGACAAGCGGAACCGCGAAGUGGAGGUGCCGCUCACCUCCUUGCCGCACUUCCGGGAGGUGCGCAAGGUCUUGCAGUCCACCCACGUGCCGGUGCCCACCGUGGCCUCCAGCGACGUCAUGCCGAAGAUCAGCAGCUUCGGGGAGACCUUCAGCAUCGCCAAGCAGGGCCUGUCCUGCCCAAAGAUUGUGCGGGUGGUGGACUCUGAGGGUCGGGAGCACAAGCAGCUGGUGAAGGGCCACGACGACCUCAGGCAGGAUGCGGUGAUGCAGCAGCUUUUCCGGCUGCUGAACGACGUCUUCAAGGAGAAUCCGAAAUCCAAGCACGCCCAGCUGGGUCUUCGGACCUUCCAGGUGGUGCCACUCUCGCCAUGCGCAGGCAUCGCGGAGUGGGUAGCCAACACCGCGACGCUGGCGGACGUGCUCAUCUCCGACCAGCAGUCCGCGCAUCCCAGGUACCGCCCCCGGGACUGGUCCCACAUGCAGUGCCGCAAGCGCAUGGCCGACGCGGCAGAGCCAACGAGGGAGGGCAAAGUGCUGGAGAAGGCGCUGCAGGAGGUCUAUGACAACUUCAAGCCCGUGAUGCACCUGGUUCUCCUGGAGCGGUUCCCGGGCCCCCAGGAGUGGCACAGAGCCCGCCAGGUCUAUGCUCGAUCCGUGGCAGUGAGCUCCAUCGUAGGCUACAUCGUCGGCUUGGGGGACCGGCACCCCAACAACAUCCUCAUGGACCAGCAGACAGGAGAGCUGGUGCAUAUCGACUUUGGCAUCGCCUUUGACAAGGGCCGCGCCUUGCGGAUCCCGGAACUGGUCCCCUUCCGACUCACCCGGGACAUUGUGGCAGGCCUCGGCUGCCUGGGCACCUGCGGCCUCUUCCGGAAGAGCGCGGAGACGGCCAUGGAGGUCCUGCGCUCCUCCGCGCCGCUGGUCACCGCGGUGGUGGAGGUCUUUGUGCACGACCCCCUGUACUUCUGGUCCUUGACCCCGGCCAAGCCACGCAGAGACAACCAGGACGUUCCAGGAGUUGUGACGGAGGCAGAGGGGAACGAGAUGGCGAAGCGAGCGGUGGUGGAGGUGAAGGCCAAGUUGGGUGAGGGCACUGACGACGUGCUGGGGGUCCCGGCGCACGUGGGGCGCCUCAUCCAUGAGGCCAUCGACCCUGCGAACCUCAGCAGGAUGUUUGCUGGCUGGCAAGGCUGGGUGUGACUGGGCGCCUGGUGAUAUGCGGAGCGGGCCAGA